AUGGCAGCUGAGAAACUGCUACAACUAGAUCCAAAUAGGGUAGAGAACUAUGUUUUAGUAUCAAAUAUACUAGCACAAUCAGGUAAGUGGGGCGAUGUUAGAAGUGUGAGGGAAAAGAUGAGGGAGAAAGGUCUUCAGAAAGAUGCUGGCUGUAGUUGGAUUGAAGUUGGAGGGAAGAUUUAUAAUUUUGUGGUUGGUGAUCACAUGCUUUCUAAAUCAGAAGAGAUUCGAGAAAUGUGGAGUGUAUUAGAGGAGAAGAUCAGUAAAUAUGGUUAUGUUCCUGAUACUAGCUCAGUGCUUCAUGAUGGUCUGCUAAGUUCUGAUAUUCCCGGUCUGCUGAGUUCGCAUAUUUCUGGUAUGCUAAGUUCUAAUAUUCCUGGUUUGCUAAGUUCUGAACCUCAGUUUGUUGAUCUAGUUCUGUUUGUUGUUGUGCUCAGUAAUGUUCUACUGUUUAUAACCAGAAAUGUUGACUUGUGUGUUAAGGCCAAAGUUGACCAUGCUGGAUGUGCUGCUGCUUUUUGA